CUAUUGUGAUGUCGUGUGAAUGUAAAAAAUACUUCCCAGGCCACUUGUCAGUAGUAGGGGCCUCAGUAGUCAGCGCCUCUUCAAUGUGUGAACGAGUGUCACCAUGUUUCGUCGCAUAGUCGUGGUCUAGUAGUUGAUUUAAAACGGCCGUUUUUACGUCGGGCUUGCGUGUCGGCCAUCACUGCCACGCCGACGUUGUUUACAUCCAAACUACAUUAGCGUCGAUUCACACUACAAAAGGAGUCAAUACACACUACGACAGAAGUCAAUACACAUGACGAGAAGAGUCAAUCCACACUACAUAUGAGUCAAAAUUCGCUACAUAAGAGUCAACAUACACAAGAGUCAUUGUGUUGGAGCCAAUAAAACGCUAAAUAUGUGUCAAAACACAUUACAUACUAGUCAAUUAACAUUCCAUAGGAGUCAAACAGUACAUAAAAUCCAAAACCCACCAAGACAGGAGUUAGUACCUACUGCGUUGGGGGCAAUGAGCAUUACAUAGGCGUCAAUGUACUGCAUAUAGGAGUUUGGCUAGUCCCAAUUAGUUUAAUGUUGAAAAACACGGCGAACAACUUUGCCCAUGAACAUUUUGUUUAUGAUAGCACUCGUACACGUGGAAAACCGCAGUGUAGUACUGUUAGCAACAUAUUCUGUGAAAACGAGUUCCUCGCCAUAAUCUCUAAACUGGUGCAUUUGUAAACGUGGCAUCAGACAUGACCUACUUGCGAGGGAAAUUUUGAUUUCAUUUUCAGAACUCGUCAUACUUGCAGUGUUAUUUUGUGUGUACCAUACAGCCAGCCAUAUGUGCUGUAUAGAAAACAGAACUAUCGCGGGAGAGAAGUGCAUACACCUGUGUGCCAAACAAAGAUGGACAUUCCCAAGCCAAGUUAUCAUUGUUGCGAGAAUUUUGACGUCUCGCGCGUAUGAACGCGUAUCUUGACACAUAAGUUUCCGAUACGUAUAUAAUUGUGAAAACAAUUGCCAUGAUCGCUACGGAUAUACUUUUCUCAAAGUGCUGUCUUGUUCAUUGUUUAAAGUGUGUGUUUUCAUAAAGUUGACGUCUGAAACAUGUGUUUGAUGAGAAACUCAAGACCAUACAAACUGACGACGGAUCAUAGGAAUACCGUUAAAGAUCCUGAACAGUUGGGUUCACUUUGUUUUAAUACGGAAAAGAUAAUAUUCAUCGUACGGUAACUGUGACAUAUCCGGUCACUCACAAUUGGCUUCAUGGUUAUCAGACAGGUGCCGAUAGAAGACACCGCCAUUUCUGGUUACCAUGGCAAUAGAUGGCCGAGGCUUAGUGGUUCUUAUGAACCGGCUUGCCACUGACAUAAUGGCAAGACGAACCUCGCUACCCCAGCUGCCACGUGACCCGGAGAAAAGCCGGAAGUCUUCAUCCAUUGGUCACUUGAGAUCUCUGACAGCGAUGACCGACUCUGACGAUGAUGAUUCUGGAGGUAACGACGUAUGUGUGAAAUGUAACCGGAGGAAGGUGGCGAUUAGCGACAGCGAUGGGCGAGUGAAUGGCAACUGUUUUCCACUUGAGAACAGGCCAGAUGACAAAAUGGCGUUCAGUGCGGCGAUAGUUGUCGGCGGAGGAAGAGGAGGAGGUGGUGGUGGUGGUGGUGGAAUUCUGAAAAACAGAAAUCGAGUGAAUUUAGACAAUGUGGAAUUACAGGAAGUAUGUAGAUGCCCAAAUACUGAGAGUUGUAAAUACAAAAACCGCGAAACUGUGAUAUUAAACGUUGGUGGUCAAGUGUUCGAGACACUCAAAACCACCCUUAAAAGAUUAAAAACAUGCAAGUUAGCUCGAGAUAGUGAGAUGAUGAAACAUUACAGGGAAACUAAAGGAGACUUUUUCUUCGACAGAGAUCCUCAGGCCUUCAGUGUGAUACUUAAUUACCUACGGACAGGAGAGCUCCAUUUACCAACAUACUUGUGUGGUCCCGCUCUCCAACGAGAGUUUGAAUAUUGGGGCGUACAGGAAAUGGACAUUGAACGUUGUUGUUGGCAACCAUACAACACGUGGAAAACGCAAAAUCAGUCAUUAGAAAAAUUGGAAUAUGACCGGAAGCGAUCGACUACUCUGAAAGAACUUGAGGAAGACCGGAAGAGUGCUAGCUGUUGGAAGAGGAGCCGUGCCAGAGUUUGGAACUUUCUUCAGGACCCGAACUCAUCAUGUUGCGCAAAGAUAUACGCCUGGAUUUCCAUCGUGUUUGUGUUCAUGUCAAUAUUUUCGUUCUGUGCGGAGACCCAUCCCGACUUCCAGGUCCAUCCGUCUACAACACAGGGCUACGAGGAUCUGUACAAUCUCUUCGCUCUUAAAGACAAACUCAUGAUUGACGUGAAGGAAACGUCCGGGGUCAGGGACCUCUCCAACGUCACUAUAAGUGUAGACAACAAGACACUUCCGGGGGAGGAGGCGGAGGACGACGUCAACACCGUGCCACAUCCAGCCCUCCUCAUUAUCGACCUCAUCUGCGUCACAUUCUUCACUCUGGAGUUCGUUACUAGAUUCGUGUUCUGUCCAAGAAAGGUCCAGUUUAUCACUGCCUUACAAAACAUCAUAGAUUUUGUAGCAAUUGUCCCGGACUAUAUCGAGUUUAUUAUCCACGCAUUCUAUCCUUCAGGAAGUGAAUUGCCUUUUAUGGAUUUUAUUGUUAUAUUGCGCAUGCUCAGGUUAUGCAGGAUCUUUCGAUUGAUCCGCCAUGUCCCUGGAUUGUGGAUUCUAUUAUAUACUCUUAAAGCUAGCUUCAACGAAUUAUUGCUCAUGUUUGUUUUCUUAUUAAUAGGAAUGGUUGUAUUUGCCUCGUUGAUUCAUUUUGCGGAAGGUAAAAAAGGAUUCGAUAACAUACCUAUCGGAUUUUGGUGGAGUGUCGUUACCAUGACAACAGUAGGUUACGGAGAUAUGCAUCCCACCACAGCGUUUGGUUACAUUAUAGGAUCUUUGUGUGCCAUUUCCGGUUUGCUCAUGAUCGCAUUCACCGUUCCGAUCAUUGUCAGUAACUUUGUUCUGUAUUAUACGCAUGUGCAGUAUGGCAUAGUACGACACGAGCGCGAAAAGUCGAAACUUCUGGAUUUUAACUCUGACGAUGAGGAAUGUUGUGUAGAUCAUUCAGAAAAUCCAGAGAGCGAAACAGCAGAACAAAGACAGUCUUUCAAAAACAAAAGAGACCGAAGUCCGACUGACAAAACUCUGCCACGAGAAAUGGGAGUGCCCGAACUCUUUAGUUCCAAGUCAACGGAUGGUAAUUUCAACAAGUUAUGAUAGUGCGUGCAAUGUACCGUCCGUAUAGCCAAACUGAGUACUGAUAAGUUUGUUUAUAAUGGCCAUGACCUUCAAUAUGUCUCAUAACCGUGGCAAAAUGUUUUAUUACCUUUUGUUGAAGGUUAAAGUAACAUUAUCUCUAAUUAUAACUUGUUUCCUUUUGUUACCCGAUAUAUUCGUUAAUCCAUUCCAUAUAAAUUCCGUGUUGCCUAUCUAUGACACGACGCCUAUAUGCAAAGAGAACUCACCAAGGGUUGUCUCCCCAUUCCUGGGGUAGUAUUUCGUUAUAACAACAAAUCAGAUAAAUAAUAAUGGUAGUUUUCAGCGAUUUAUCUUCGUAAGAAAUGAAUAGCUUAGUUUAUGGACAGAAAACUUUCCAUGAUUUAAUACCGUUUUCAAGGGGAGGAAUGUUUUUCUACCGGUGUCGGAUUCCUCUUGGUGAUGUGGCGACUCAGUGUCCUGUGAUUAUUAAUUUAAACUUGGCAUUAAACUGUGAUUUUGUUUUUUGUGUAUACCCAUGGAUUACACCUUCUUACCGAUUCCUUAGAGCUAUAUCUGUGCAAGCCAUAUGUCACAUAGUGUUCAAGCAUUUCUUAUUGUAUUGUCUAAGAAACGUUUUGCUUAGAUAUUACAGUCGGAAAGGGAAUGGUGAUAAAAUCAUUAGAGAAAGGAAAACGCACUCAAUUUUCUACAUAAUAGUGACUCGAUACCUACCAUGUAUACCGGAUUAUGACGUAGUUGUAAUAUAUUAGUACUAAAACACGACAUAGCUGUUAUAUAUUAGUGAAAUAGAUUAAAAUUACCAAACACUAAACAAUUUGCGUGAGCAGAUUUUAUAUAUAGAUCAGUUCAAUUAUAAGACUCAUUCCCAUAACUUGUUAUUAUAGAACCAACCCACACGUUACUCGCCUCAAUUUUACUUCAAAUCAGAUUCCUAAAUUUAAGAUGUCAAUGUGAUAUCGACAUAUACGUGCCAUUAUAGUAGUUGGUGUCAUAGGGACCACAGGGACCUGAGAAUUUGUUACAGCUAUAUUUGGAUCUAAACUGAGGUGUUCAGAGUAAUUGUACAUGUUUUAGGGGUUUAGAUUGACUUUCAGUAAAAAUGACAUCCCAAUGAUCAUAUUUAUAUAUACGAAAAGUCAACCUUAAACCCUGUAAAAUUACUCUGAACACCUUAGUUUAGGUCCAAAUAUAGCUUUAACAAAUUCUCAGGUCCCUGAGAUGGGGAGCUGUAUGGCGAGCCAACUUAAAUUAUAUAGUGAAGGAGCAAUGUCGAACCUGUAUUUCAUAUAUCUUCAGAUCUUUGUAUACAAUUAAGAUGUCUUAUACAUAAAUAAGAUAUAUAAUACUAUAUAUCAGAUACCUGGUACGUUAUUUUAAGAUAUCCAACAAGAAAAAUCAAUUUAUGAUAUAUCAUAUAGUGUUUGAUAUGUCUUAUAUACGUUGGAAGUGUCUUAUACUAGUCGUACACUUUAGUUUUAAUAUUUGGCCAUGAAUAUCAGUUGAAUAGAGUAAGUUGCCUUGUCAUUUACCUGUACACUUCUACUAUCAGGUAAAUUUCAAUCAAUCAAUCCUAUUUAACGUUGACGGAAAAACCUUCAACCACCGGGGAUAGCUUUCUUUAUGUUCAUAAUUUGUCCUCGUUAAAACAUUCUUUUGAACGAAUAAACUUCUUAACCAAAUCCCAUUUGUAUGCGCGUUAACUUCCAUAAAAACGGGAGGAUAUUUGUUUUCAAAUGUUACAUAAAUAAAUUAAACAUAACCCUUCAGUUGUUAACGGCAACUUUUGACACGAACUAGGGAGUUUAAAUAACGAGUAGGCAAGCCUUAUAAAACAUACAUAGCUACCAGUGGACAUUAUGAAACGUAAUGUUUGUACAGUCAUAUAAAAUCACUCAUUAGGAGUUCGUAUCGCCAAAUAAGUAUGAAAUGACUUCUUGGUAAUCCAGUUUUCUUUAUCUUAUGUUUCCUGCAGCGGUAACGUCCCAGUAAAAGGAUUAACGUCCAGGCAAUAAAAACACCAUUUUUCAGUGUCGAGAGUCCGAGUCAGCUAGAUGUUUGAUUCAGUGUUAUGGUGCCUUUCGUUUUUGCCUAUUCAAAUAUCAUUAUUAAUUAAAAUAUCUUAUGAAAAUGGGGAGAAGUUCCAUUUUAAAAUUUGAUUAGACUUAAUCAACUUCAAUCUUUUACGAAUGUUAUUUAUAAUUUAGCUAGAUUUUAGUAGAAAGUGUCUUGGACUUAUAAUAGAGUAACGUACAUUUUUAUCAACAUUGUAAAAAUCUUCUUGCGGAAAUAAUUUCCGUCCAUUUUAUUUGAAAUAUAUCGGAUUGGCAUGUGUCCUGCACAAUACUCACCACGUUCAGGUGGUUAACUUUUACUCCUUUUUAAUCGUAGUCUAACUUAGUUAUUUUACACUCUAUGCAAGUUAACAAUACGUCAAUUAGGUAUACAGUUAUCGCCUCCUUGAUAGACAAGUCAGACAACAGGGGGCGCUUCAAGCAUUACUUCUGCCACUGCGUCUAACGAUGAUUGGACGUAAAUAGGUUAUUGUCCUUUUAACAAUUUUGCACAUUAUAUUUUGUAUUUUGAUAUUAAAGAAAUCGUCCUGUUGUC